AUGUGUAUAUGUACAUGUGUAGAUCUGUCAGCAGCAGAGCUCCAGGAAAGGUAUGUUAAGCUGUUGUCAAGGACUUAUAUAUGUGUGCUUACACUAAGAAAAAGUCAGCCAGUGUCACUUUGACUGAAGAGUAAAAAACUUGAAACUUAAACUCGGCUUGAACAUUUUUCACUCAUCAGCACAUUAGAUGAAGCUUGUAAUAAGAUUUUGACCGGAGAAGGACUAAAGUAAUCAUCAUGGUGGCAAUUCAUCUUUGGUUGGAACUACGUUUUGAAGGCAAAAAGCUGCGAGGGGUUAGAUGUGAAGUAACACACCUGCUCCAAGGUCCACUGCCUGACAGCACAUGGAGCAUCAGCGUUCAGAUCCUCCUGCCCUUUCUGGUGUCUGGACUAGGCAUGGUGGCAGCUGGCAUCGUCAUGGAUACAGUGCAACACUGGGAUGUGUUCAGGGACAUCUCAGAGGUUUUUAUUUUGGUGCCAGCUCUGGUGGGACUGAAAGGAAAUCUGGAAAUGACACUGGCAUCCAGACUGUCAACAGCAGCCAACACAGGGCAGAUGGACGAGCUACAGCAGCAAUGGACCUUGGUGCUCUGUAAUCUGGUUCUUAUUCAGGUGACUUGCACCACACUCCAAACUACUUAA